UGUGAGGAGGAGGGGACAGAAAAGCUUCGACAGCUUCUGGUUUUGCUUUCAAACACUCGCUGCAUGCCAUAUCACCUCCCUGUGCACACAUAACCGGCAUAGCACAGACACUCUCAUUCAAACACUCUUGUACACGUUCACGGAGGACUCACAUCGACACAUAUACACAAACACAGAGUUUUUGUCCAGCCACCCACUUGGAUGACUAGAGCUCCAACGGAGAGCACCUGCAGGGAGGCAAGGGAGCAAGGAAUUCUCCAUAUUCACAGCUAAAACAAACAUACGCCUGCUUCGCUGGAGUUUCAGAGCUGCCAGCAUUACUGAUUGGAUCGUGUGUGUUUGUGUAUGUGCAUGUGAGAGGAAAUCUAUCUUCCCUGAAUUGGCCUGAUGUCAAACGAAGACUGUCGUUCCCCCAUUGGCCUGGAUUGCUGCAGCUGCUGCUUGGAUCUAGCCAAUGGAAGCGAGCCAGAACCAGGACGAUCUGGACUCCCCAGCCUGGGAAGCCCGACCUCUAUCAAUAACUUCAGGCAGCUCCGGGACCAGCUGAUUUUCCAGAACCUGAACACAGACAAGUUGAACACCAUCAUGAGACAGGAUUCGCUGGAGUCGGUGGUGCGUGACCCCUGCUACCUGCUCAACGAGGGCAUCUGCAACAGCAACAUCGACCAGACCAUGCUGUCAAUUCUGCUCUUCUUCCACAGUGCCUCUGGUGCUAGCGUUGUGGCUAUAGACAACAAGAUUGAGCAAGCAAUGGAUCUUGUGAAAAACCACCUUAUGUAUGCAGUUAGGGAGGAAGUCGAGAUCCUGAAAGAGCAGAUCAAGGAGCUGGCUGAAAAGAACAACCAGCUGGAGCGUGAAAACAGCUUGCUGAAGAACUUGGCGAGCCCUGAGCAGCUGGAGAAGUUCCAGUCACGUCUUCCAUCAGAAGCCCUGCUUCCACUGGAAAUGCAGGGGCUGGAGACGUCCGAGCAGCGCAGCCAGUACAAGGGCUCGGCUGUAUAAGUGGCUCUGCAUUGGGGCGGGCAGAGUCACGGCUCUCACCUGAAAUGGACCUCACAAGUUGUCGUCGUUGUUGAUGUACAGCUUCCACAUGAAGCUGGCUGUACAAAUGGGGGGGAGAAAACCUGACCCAAAUGAAAGCCUCCAACGUUUUCAGUGGCCUUUGCCUCUUCUGUAAUAUCCGACAAUCUCUUCGGACUUAUGCGGAAAAAGAGAGAGUGAUGUAGGUUGCAGUACGACCAGACCACCGGCUACGUGGAGGGGGAACCCGGCCUAGCUUUUCUCUUGCUGCCUCUUGAGGACGAGAAAGGCUUGUCUGACAGUGCUGGUCCUGGAAAAAAAAAAGCACCAAGGGAAUGUUCCCUUAGAGACUUGCUUUCAGAGUCACAAGAGCCCCAUGUGGAGUUCUCAAUGCUACAAGCUACCUGGGAUUGCACAUGGUCAGGCCUGUUGACUGCCUGUUAACAGUCUCACAUGCACACAUCCACAAGAGCUUGUGUAGUUGAGCUGGACCUUUUAGGUUCCAUGCUAUUACAUUUGGUGAAUUCUUUUUUAUAAUUUUUUUUUUUUAAAGAAAUCACAUGCUUCCUUUUUUUUUUUUUCUUUGCCGAUGGGGCUUGCUGCUUGUAAGGGAUGUUUUUUUCUUUUGAAACUGAACAAAAUCAACUCCUGUAAACUGUUGAUUCUUUUGUGGGGGGAAGUGAUGUGUAUAAAUUUGCUUAGUUCUGUAAAUGAGCACAUGAUGUAAAGAAAAGUGAUGGACUGAUGGAGUGGAGCAGCAUCUGCUCUUUUUGCAUGUGCACUCCUGAUAUUGCCAACAUGGUCACUGGCAGGACUUGUUUGUGUAGGCAUCUCGUCCGAAGACGACGACAUGAUCUUGAGCUAACUUUUCUAACUACCAAAGUCUCACUUAAUACUUCCGUCAUUCAUUGGCGAAGGUAUCUUUUUUUUUUUUUUUUUUUUUCGCCUGUUUUUAAAACAUGAGUGUUGUUGCUUCACUGUGUCCAUUGAACAAUGUUUUCAACAAUGUAUGGAUACAAAAUGCACACAGCAAUAAACCUUAUGUUUACACUAAA